AUGUCCCUGCUCGUCGACGUCAAUGCAAAUUCCACAGAAAAUGAAAACCGCCUUUUUAUUCCUGGAGGCUGGACGAACCAGACGAGGCGCCUCUGCCGCCUCACCACUGGGCACUGUCGAAUCUGCUCCGUCUGCCGCGCGCGCAACGGUUCUUCUUCGAGGCGCAAGCGAGGUCUGAACCUUAUCCUCAGGGUUUCCUUCCAGAAACUGUUCAUCCAGCUGCAGAUCCUGUUCCGUUCCUCGACUCCCGAACUCCAUAAACUACUGUAUCCGGGAGUAGUUGAUUUAUAUUUACAAUCGGAAGAAUGGGUCUCCGCUCGCCAGCAGCAAUCGUCGUGCGAUCAAGAGGGUGGUUGGGAAACCUUUGCUUUGGAUGGGUUAGCCGUCCGACCCCGCUCGCAGCGCUCAGACUAG